AUGAAUAGCAUAUAGCUUAUUUCGCUUUUUUCAGUAUUCAUAUAGUAAAUCUGCCUCUGAUGGCAGAAUUGAUAUUUUAGUAAUAGAGAUUUUGGAGCAGGAUGAAAAAAUGAGGUUAUUUGUGGAUUGAGCGAGGGAAAAUGAUAUUUGGGUAAGUGAGAAUAUAUGAUACCCUGCAAAAUUUGGCGGUAAGUAUUUGGGCGUCGUUAGUAUAGGAAAUAUCGGGAAUAAUGAAUGCUUGGUGAGAGUGCCAAAUGAGACAAUUUUAUCGGUGAAAUCCUUAGAGAUAAAUGAAAUUUGAAAUAUUUUUGAAGAUCAUUAUGAUUUAUUUUCUGGGAUUUCACAUCUUUAUGCAGAUUACAAAGAAGUUAUUUUUCUUAUAUAUGAAUAUUGUAAAGGGGCAAGCUCAAAAUGGUAUCAUUUUUUCAAUAUUUUGCCUAAAAAUCCUGAAAUCUUAUCUGAUUGAUCAUAUGAAGAACUCUCUGAUUUGCAUGAUAAAAUUCUUAUUGAAGAAACCAUAAAUUCCAAGCUUGAAGAAGAAAAAGCCACGAAAUUAUUGCAUGAUUUACUACUAAACUACCCAUCUCAAUUUCCUGGAAUAACUCUUGAUAUAAUUAAAUGAUCUCAAAAAAUAGUAAACACAAGGGCCUUUGCCCACUGCGGAAUUUCAUUAAUCCCAUUUGCUGAUUUUUUUAAUCAUGGGGUUUCACAUCUUUCUUACUCGAAAGAAAACUCUGAAGAUAUUCAAAAUGAUGAUAAUUCAGAUGACUGUGAUUUUGAUAAUGAUGCAGGAAUUGAUGAAAAUGCUAUUUAUAUGAAUUUUACUACUUUAUGCAAUAUGAAAUUUGGAAAACAAGAGAAUUUUUCAAAAAAAAUAAAAACGGUUUUUGAGGAAUCUAAGCUAAUUGAUGAAAAGUUUUAUAAAUUAGGUAGUCAAGAAGAGGACGUUUUGAAUGAUUUUGGGGAUUAUUUUGUAAUUAAAACAGGAAAAAAUGAAAAUCAUGGAAAUGGAAGCCAACUUUUUAUUUCAUAUGGAGCAUAUUCUAAUAGGAUGCUGCUGCAGCAAUAUGGGUUUGCAGUUUUAGAUAAUAAAUAUAAUUAUGCUUAUGUAAAAAUUCCUACUACUGAAUUGAUUAUAGAAAAUCAAAUUAUUGAUAAUUUUGAAAUACCUUGCAUAGAUUUUAAAAUAAAACGAAAAUCGCUUUGCUUAAAGCUGCUGCGCGUAUUGAGAGCAUUCGCAUGAGAUGAAAGCUUAAGCUAUACAGCAUUUUUAUCGCCUUCUGACUUAAAUUUAGAGCUCAGGAUUAUGCACCAUGCACUAUUGAUUUUAAAUAAGCAAUUAGCUGAUUUCCCAACAUCUAUUGAUGAAGACUAUGCGCUUUUAUCACAGCGCACACAUGAAAGACUUGAGUUUUCAGUAAUUUUUAUGAAGAUUAUUUAUCGAAUUGAGAUUAAACGCUGCAUUUUUUCACAAAUAAAAUAUUUUCAAAUUUUGACUGAAAUUAUAUCAAGAAUGAUGCAAGGUGAACUAUUUGAAUGCUCUGCAAGAUUAGUGCCGGGAAUAGAGAAUGAGAAUGAUUACAAAGGGAAUCGAAAAGCAAUAAAAACUUAUUUAGAUUGCCUAAGGAUUUUUCAUACAAUUUAA